AUGUCUGGCCGCGGCAAAGGAGGAAAAGUCAAGGGAAAGGCAAAGUCCCGAUCAUCUCGUGCCGGACUUCAGUUCCCAGUUGGUCGUAUCCAUCGUCUGCUCCGCAAGGGCAACUACGCAGAACGUGUCGGAGCUGGAGCUCCCGUCUAUCUGGCCGCUGUCAUGGAAUAUCUGGCAGCUGAAGUGCUGGAAUUGGCAGGAAACGCCGCUCGUGACAACAAGAAGACCCGUAUCAUCCCGCGUCAUCUUCAGCUGGCCAUCCGCAAUGACGAGGAGUUGAACAAACUGCUCUCGGGCGUCACCAUCGCUCAGGGAGGUGUUUUGCCCAACAUCCAAGCCGUUCUGCUGCCCAAGAAGACCGAAAAGAAGGCUUAAACUGGUUUCGUCUCUGCUUAUAUACUCAAACCGUCCUUUUCAGGACGACAAAUCUUUUUCUAAGAGUUGGUUGAUGCUUCGUAUUCUACUAACCUAACCAAAUACGACAUACUCUUGUCGAGAAUAUGUAUACCCACAAAGAUUUAACAAAAGUUAUGAAAAAGUAAAUACCAAAUUACCUCGCAAUGUUGUGAAUAUGCUUUAUAAAUAUGUGCAAAG